AUGACGGGCUUCGAGCCGCCCCUCUCUGGACAUCUAGCUAGCCCAUCGGCGGACUCAAAACACGCGCGUGCGAUCUCACCGCCGGUAUCAAGAUCUCGGACAUCUUUUCAAGGUCCCCGCAUCUCCAGUGAUUAUGACGGCCAUCCCGAUCAUGUUCCUACUCUCAAUAACACCACACCACAAGCACAGUUGGCUACUGGCGAUAGUGAAUAUGCCAGCUUGCCUCUUCCUUCUGAUGGCCAUCCCCGAGAUGAGGCGGCCAAGGAAGCCACGGAACCGCCAGGGUCGAGCGUAAAUAACGUCCAAGCCGCAAGGGCGAUCCCCAACGGCUUUAUCGUCAGGCUUCUCUCCACGCUCAGGGUCAUAAUGGUGUCCAGCUACGUCAAUGUGCUCCUCGUUUUCGUCCCCGUCGGCAUCGCGGUCGGCAGCGCACGGAGCUCGGGGGCUGCCGUGGGGCCCGGCCUCGUUUUCAGCAUGAACUCGGUGGCCAUCAUACCGCUGGCGAACCUUCUGAGCUUCGCUACAGAGACCAUGGCCGCGCGCCGGGGGCCCGCCGUUGGUGCCCUCAUGAACGUCACGUUUGGCAACGCGGUCGAGCUCAUCAUCUUCGUCAUCGCCCUCGUCAAGAACGAAAUCAGGAUCGUGCAGGCAUCACUGCCGGGCUCCAUACUUGCCAACUUGCUGCUGAUCCUUGGCAUGUGCUUUCUUCUGGGCGGACUGCGCUUUAGAGAGCAGAUCUACAACCCUACCGUCACACAAACCAUGGCUUGCCUCUUGAGUCUCAGUGUGAUCAGUCUCGUUCUCCCGAUCAGCCGCAUCACGAGUAUAGUACUCCUGGCGGUGUAUAUAUUGUACCUCGUUUUCCAACUCAAAACGCACGCCUAUUUAUAUAAAUCGCUGCCACAGGCAAUGGCUGAUCAAGAGGCACAGCCCCGACUAGUCGCGGCCUUUCUCCACGAGUCCUCGGAUCGGAACUCAGGGGACUGGGCAUCCGACUAUAGCUUCAUUGCCACCGAGUCUGUACACUCCCGCAAGGCCAGGUCCAAGAGGGUUCUGAUGCGUUUGGUCGGCCGCAAGCGCAAGGCCAGCACUACGCAGUGGCCGUUGGCCGAGCGGGAGCCCAUCACACGGCUACAAAGACGUCGCAAGAGCAGGCAGGGGCUCGGACCUGCAUCUGGGCAGAGAACCAUUGUCUUCAGUGACGCCCAGGAUGUGGCAGGUUCCGAGGCGGCUGAGCUAGGCAUGCAGCAGCGGGCCAACUCUGCGAGGCGUCCUCACCCCAAAGCUAGCGCGGGUGGCGGCGGGCUUUUCCGGACAGUCUCAGCUCCCAGACCGAGGUCAAGGCUGCGGGACACGCCCAGCCGCAGCCUGACGUCGGGCAUGUUCUUGGACCAGCAAACAGCCAGCAGCAGGCCCACCGUCCGUGUCGGCGUCCGACGCACCGCCUCUCUGCCGGGCCGGUUGAGCCAGACAUACUGCGGAUCGUGUGGGAAGCUGCACGCGAAUGGCUGCCAAUCCCAGACCGCGGGAGCUGCCGCACGCGAGGGAUCCGGACAGCCUGGCGGCGGCGGCGCAGGCCCGACUGGCUGUGUGGAGGUCGGCCCUUUGUUGGCGGACGAAGGCCAUCAGCUCUCGACCCGGGCAGCCACACUCCUGCUCCUCGUCUCGACGGGGCUUGUGGCCUUUUGUGCGGAGCUGAUGGUCGGCGCCAUCUCGGACAUGCUAGCGAUACCGUCAUCGCCACUAGGCGAGGCGUUCAUCGGGCUCAUCGUACUGACAAUCGUGGGCAACGCGGCCGAGCACGUGACGGCCAUAACGGUGGCGCUCAAGAACAAGCUCGACCUGGCAAUAGCUGUUUCUAUCGGGAGCUCGAUCCAGAUCGCGCUUUUCGUCACGCCGUUCAUUGUGAUGCUGGGGUGGGCUCUGGACAGGGGCAUGACUUUGCGCUUCACGCUGUUUGAGACGGUCUGCCUAUUUCUGGCCGCCUUUAUCGCCAACUUUCUGGUCCUGGAUGGGCGAAGCAACUAUCUCGAGGGGGCGCUGCUGCUUGCUGCCUAUGUCAUCAUUGCCGUCGUGGCGUUUUAUUACCCCGGUGUUGCAGACACAGCGGCAGCAGCAGGAGGGGAUCACUGAGACGAGUGGUAGAUAGGUUGAGACGCGAGGGUUGUGUGUACAACAGGUGUGGUGACUCGUGAUAAAAAUCAGGGGAAAUUCGGAUAGACAGGGAUUCAAUAAUCACAUUAUGUCAGCACA